UCUCUAAUGGGCCUUGGCAGUCCAAAUUUCUAACGGCUCGCGUGUCUUUCUAAAAUGAAAAUGGAGUUGUAACAAGGGGAAAUCCUAGAAACCGAUUCUGAACUUUCUCUCUCUUCAAUAGCUUUCUCUCACAGACAAAGACAGGCAUCAAUGGCGACUGCACGUGAGGAGAACGUGUACAUGGCGAAGCUUGCAGAGCAAGCUGAACGGUACGAAGAGAUGGUGGAGUUCAUGGAGAAGGUGGUAGCGGCCGCGGACGGCGCCGAGGAGUUGACCGUGGAGGAGCGCAACCUUUUGUCCGUUGCCUAUAAGAAUGUGAUCGGCGCUCGCCGUGCUUCGUGGCGUAUCAUCUCGUCAAUUGAGCAAAAGGAGGAGGGCCGCGGAAACGAAGACCACGUUGCCUCAAUUAAGGACUACAGAUCUAAGAUCGAGUCAGAGCUUACCUCGAUCUGUAACGGCAUUCUCAAGCUCCUCGACUCCAAGCUCAUCGGCGCUGCUUCAUCCGGUGAUUCAAAGGUCUUCUAUUUGAAGAUGAAGGGUGACUACCACCGCUACUUGGCUGAGUUCAAGACCGGAGCCGAGAGAAAAGAGGCCGCCGAGAACACACUCUCCGCUUACAAGUCUGCCCAGGAAAUUGCCAAUGCGGAACUAGCUCCUACACAUCCCAUUCGUCUUGGCCUAGCCCUCAACUUCUCAGUAUUUUACUAUGAGAUCUUGAAUUCUCCAGACCGUGCUUGUAAUCUUGCCAAGCAGGCCUUUGAUGAAGCAAUUGCAGAGCUUGACACUUUAGGAGAGGAGUCCUAUAAGGACAGCACUCUGAUUAUGCAGCUUCUUCGGGAUAAUCUCACCCUGUGGACAUCAGACAUGCAGGAUGAUGGAGGAGAUGAGAUCAAAGAAGCUGCCAAACCUGAUAAUGAGCAAUGAAGUCAUUGAACCUUGUGAAACUUUGAAGAAAGCCUUGUUUUAGCUUGCUGCCAGGUUGAAAUUGUGCUUUCUAGUGCUAGGCUUAAUUUCAAGCAUUUGCAACUUCUGAAAGAUCUACUUUAUAUUUUAUGUUUCUAAUCCUUGGUUCUUAUUAAUUUUUUCCUACUUGGUUUUGUCAUUGGGAUGGUUUCCUUUUCCUCAAAGGAACUUUGCAUUAAGCUAUAUUUUUUUUUUACUAUAUACCUAUUAUCAGAGUUUAUUUUUAGAAAUUACCUCUCGAAUUAAUUGUGUUCAGUAUAGUUCACCAAUCUUGAUUUUUUGGUA